AUGACAAUAACGAAACCAGGCCAGAGGCUCUCCCUAUUCGGCCUUAUCAAGGAGAUUUUCAAUUGGUACCCUUCUGAUUACCCUAUAGCAGAGCGAAAGCUUCUGUUUAAGCUUGACUUAUCUAUCUUAAUAUUUGCCUGUCUAUGUUUCUUCGUUAAGUUUUUAGAUCAAACAAAUAUUAGCAAUGCCUAUGUCAGCGGUCUGAAAGAGGAAUUUGGACUAUACGGCAAUGAGCUGAACUACUUCAACGUUUGCUACUACGUAGCUUAUGUGAUAUUUCAAAUUCCAGGCAUGCUACUCAUGUCGCGGCCUCAACUUGCUCGCUGGUUACUUCCUGCUCUCGAAGUUCUUUGGGGCAUUUGCACUUUCGCGCAGAGUCGGGUUACCAAUGUUCACCAACUCUAUGCGUGCCGCUUUUUAGUAGGGAUGCUGGAAGCUCCCGUAUUCGCUGGGACACACUUUAUCUUAGGAUCAUGGUAUAGCGGUCCUGAAUUGUUCAAGCGAGCCGGAACUUGGUUCAUAUGUAACCCUCUUGGAACUAUGGUUAGCGGAUACUUACAAGCAGCGGCAUAUACCAAUUUAUCUGGUGUCGGCGGGAUGCCUGGGUGGAGAUGGUUGUUCAUCAUUGACGGUAUAUUCACUCUUCCAAUCGCGGUGGUCGGAUUUCUAGUCUUCCCUGGAAUUCCUGACUCGCCAAAGCCAUUCUACUUUACCAACGACGAGAUCACUCUUGCGAAGGAACGGCUGGAACGGGCCAAGGUCCGUAAGCCGGGGAAGCUAGGACUCGACGUGUUCAAACGCACUCUCGGACGCUGGCAUAUAUGGGUUUUCGUGUUCUGUUAUAUCUGCAUGAUUAUCUCCAGCUAUCCAGAUUCAUAUAUGAACCUCUGGCUGAAGGAAGAAGGCUUCUCGGUGGUCCAAAUCAAUCAGCUGCCUACCGUUACAUACGCCAUAAACAUCUUGGCGUCGUGGUUGGGAACUACCCUGGCAGCUAUCUAUCCUUCGUGGACCGUUUAUACUAGUGCGACGACAUGCAUUGUGUUCUCGUCUAUUUGCAUGAUUAUUUGGGAGAUUCCGAAACCUCUCAAGUUUGUCGCGUGGUAUCUGUUUGGUGUAUCAGGGUGCCUUAGUCCAGUCCUAUACUCCACGGUUAAUACUGUCGUGAAGGGUGACUCAGAAGAAAGGGCUCUUAUUAUGGGCGCAAUGAUGACUUUUGGUUAUUCGUUCAACAUUUGGGUACCCCUUUUGCUCUUCCCCACUGCCGGACCCAAUGGUGCUCCAAGAUGGCGCAUCGGAUGGCCGGUCGCAUUAACAUUCCACGUGCUAUUGUGGCUUGGAUUUAUUGUUGCGAUUUUAUUGUAUCGCCGAGACUCUAGAAAGGCAGCAAACAUAGAAGAGGAGGGAUCCUCUUCUGGAGAAGAACCAGUUCUCAUUCCGACCGAAGCACAUCUGAAAAAUUAA